GUCUUCCUGAACAGUACUACAGCCUCACCUGGUUCCUUAGCCCCAUCCUGGGCUUGAUCUUCACUCCGCUGAUAGGUUCGGCGAGCGACCGCUGCACGCUGAGCUGGGGCCGCCGGCGGCCUUUUAUCCUUGCGCUCUGCAUCGGCGUCCUCUUUGGAGUUGCACUUUUCCUUAACGGCUCUGUUAUAGGUCUGGCUAUCGGUGAUGUCCCGGACAAGCAGCCCAUUGGGAUCGUUCUCACAGUCCUCGGUGUGGUGGUGUUGGACUUCUGCGCCGAUGCAACAGAGGGGCCGAUCCGGGCCUAUUUGUUGGAUGUGGUGGACAGUGAGGAGCAAGACAUGGCCCUUAACAUCCACGCAUUUUCAGCUGGUCUUGGAGGAGCGAUCGGUUACAUGUUAGGAGGGCUGGACUGGACACAGACCUUCUUGGGUAGUAUUUUUAAAUCUCAAGAGCAAGUCCUUUUCUUCUUUGCAGCCAUUAUUUUCUCCGUCUCCGUUGCUCUCCACCUUUUUAGCAUUGAAGAAGAGCAAUAUAACCCUCAGCAGGACAGAAUCGAUGAGGAAGGAGACACGCUUUCCAGUGUCAAAUUCAGCGGUAGCCUCCCCCCUCUGAAUCGACUGAAUGUAAUCAGUGAGGAAGAGCCAUAUGGAGCCUCCAUGUUCCACGAUGAGGUUCAGUCAGAGCACGAUCUCAACAUUGAGUUCCUUGACGUGAACAUCGUAAGGAGUAAGAGUGACUCAGUCCUGCACAUGCCUGACGCUACCUUGGAAAUCGAAUCGGAGCUGCUUUUUCUGCACGAUAUCGAACCCUCCAUUUUUCAGGACGCUUCGUACCCAAACACUCCCCACAACACAAGCCAAGAGAUCAUGAAGUCCAAACUCAACCACCUGUCUCCUUUCCUCAGGGACAAUGAGAAAGAGGAGGAAAUGUUGCUUGAUAAUCGCUUAAAUGAAGACAAAGUCCCAAACCUGAACGGCUCCCUACCAAAAGAGUUCCUCAGCAGACACGCUAGGAUAGGCAUGAAGCAAUCCAGCACUUCAAACUCCAUGCGUAGGCGGAGGCACAUGUUCUACCGCCAGCCGUCUUACACCUUCUCCUACUUCGGCAAAAUAGGCUCUCACCGCUACCGCUUUCGUCGGGCCAACGCCGUCGUCCUGAUCAAGUCCUCGCGCAGCAUGAACGACAUCUACGACAUGCAGAAGUGGCAGCGGCAGAGGUGCAGGCACAGGAACCAGAGCGGCACCACCAAUUCGAGCGGAGACACGGAGAGCGAAGAGGGGGAAACUGAAACCACCGUCAGGCUCUUGUGGUUGUCCAUGCUGAAGAUGCCAAAGGAGCUGCUAAGGCUGUGCGUCUGUCACCUCUUAACCUGGUUUUCGAUCAUCGCCGAAGCUGUGUUCUAUACAGAUUUCAUGGGCCAGGUCAUCUUUAAGGGCGAUCCAAAGGCCCCUUCUAACUCAACCGAGUUGCAUGCCUAUAACGCCGGGGUCCAGAUGGGAUGCUGGGGACUGGUAAUUUAUGCUGCUACCGCUGCUGUUUGUUCAGCCUUGUUGCAGAAAUACUUGGACAACUACGACCUCAGUAUAAAAGUGAUCUACAUCCUGGGCACGCUGGGUUUCUCUCUUGGCACGGCAGUGAUGGCCAUGUUCCCCAACGUCUACGUCACCAUGAUCAUGAUCAGCACGAUGGGAAUAGUCUCCAUGAGUAUCUCCUACUGCCCCUACGCGCUUCUGGGACAAUACCAUGACAUUAAAGAG